AUGAAUUUUCCAGGAUCCAGCGGCUCCGCGAGGGUUGCCCCCGGAAUGACAUCCGCGGGACUCCCUCCGACAACCAGUGGGCUGAAUGAGCAGGAGCAGGCUAUGGUUAGAAUGAUGACCGGUGCCAUGGAGUCGUGUCCGGUGAAGACGGUGAUGGCAGGAGGAAUGGGCUUUGCGCUAGGAGGUGCAUUCGGCUUGUUCAUGAGCAGUAUGUCAUACGAUACACCCCUCACACCUCAAGGCCGAGAAAUCUCCGCCCUACCGGUCCGCGAACAACUUCGACGAGGAUUCAAGGAUAUGGGAGCUCGAUCAUACAGCAGCGCAAAGAAUUUCGCUGUUGUCGGUGCUCUUUUUAGCGGUACCGAAUGCUGCAUUGAAGGCUUACGGGCCAAAAACGACCUCGCCAACGGUGUGGCUGCUGGCUGUAUUACUGGUGGGAUACUCGGUGCCAAAGCAGGCCCGCAGGCGGCGCUUCUAGGAUGUGCCGGCUUUGCAGCUUUCAGUGCGGCCAUCGAUGCAUACAUGAGACAACCUUCCGACUAA